AUGCUAACCCUAAUAAAUAAAGAAGCCCCCGAUAUGGUACUCAUCUCAGAAACAAAACUUAACAAAAGACACAAUGUACACUUCAAAAACUACUCCAUGAUAAGACACGACAAACCGAACACCAGUCAAGGAGGAGGAACAGCGAUCCUCAUAAAAAACCCCAUAAAAUACAAAACAAUUCUAAUUGAUAAAAUAACAAGUUUCAAAACCUUAGAAACAACGAUCAUAAAAAUAAAAAUAAGCAAUAAGGAAAAUUUAUUCAUCACUGCAGCCUACGCAACCUACGGAAACCAGAAAGAAUUUAACUACGAAUUCAAUAAUCUUUUCGAACUCUUACAGCUCAACAAACCGGAAAACUACUAUAUAAUAGCAGGAGACCUUAACGCAAAACAUACAAGCUGGAAAAACGAAAUAAACAACACGAGAGGCAACUUCAUUAGAAACUGGCUAGACAAUAAAAGCAUCCACUACAAAACAAACUUAUACAGUUCCGAGCUACCCUCUUACCCAAAAGGAGGCUCAUACCUGGACAUAUGCCUAGCAAAUGUGCGACUAAAAUUUCAAAACCUACCUCCAAAUAACACUCUCAAAACCUUAGCCUAUGACAGUGACCAUAACGCCCUAGUAUUUCACGUAAACAAAAAUACAUCUGACUUCCUAACACUCAAAACUCAGACCGAGACACCCAGAGAAGAAUUAGAAUUUCUAAAGUACCUACUAUACAGAAUAAAAGCGCAACUGAAACAAGAAUUCGCAAAUUCUAUAAACCAUUACUGGACAAACAAAAUAAAAAACAUCUCCAAAAACAACUCAGCCAACAUGUUCCCACAAAUAAAUCAAAUCUUUAGACCAAAAGAACAAAACCCCAUCCCACCUCUCAAAUUACCCUCAGAAAAUGCCUCCCUCAUCCAAGAAGCAGGUCUCAUAUACAAAUUGAUCAAGAAAAAUUUUCCUAAAUACCUGAUUAAAAUAGUUUGGGACAUGAUCACAAGCAGAACAUUCGUAAUAACUGAAGGUUCACACUCAUCAAGCAAAGAAUUUUCUAUAAAAAACGGUCUGCAGCAAGCCUUCGCAGAUGACCUAGUCAUCUACGUAACAGGCCGCAAAACCAAAACAAUAAAAACGGAACUCCAAGAACUUUUUGAGAAAAUAAACGACUAUUACCACGCAUGGAAACUAAAAAUCAACAUAAGCAAAUGCGAAACCAUACUGUUUAGACCCAAGUCAAGUGAAAUCGGCCCAAUAGAAAGAGAAUACUGCAAAAAAUCUGAACUAAGAGAAAAAACAGACAAAGGGGCUCUCAUACCACAACAAAAAUUGUGUAAAAUACCUAGGAGAGAUACGCUGGAAGGAACUGAAAUUCUAGAGCAUCGAAUAAUUACAACGCAUGAUAUACCAAUCAAUAUUAAACAAUAUCGUUACCCACCUGCACAUCGAGAAGAGAUAAAUCGUCAAAUUCAAGAAUUACUGGACACUGAUGUCGUAGAACCAUCGACAUCUCCGUACAAUUCUCCGUUAUGGAUUGUGCCGAAGAAACCAAACUCGCAAGGAAACAAACGUUGCAGAUUAGUUAUUGAUUAUAGGAAGCUUAAUGAUAAAACGAUCGGCGAUUGUUACAUCGGUGAAGAUGGUAUAAAACCAGAUCCAAAGAAGAUCAAAGCAGUAUCAAAAUUUCCACGACCAAAGAAAGCAAAUACUAUCAAGCAAUUUCUGGGACUAGUAGGAUAUUAUAGAAGAUUCAUACCUAAUUUCUCCGAAAUUGCAAAGCCAUUAACGCAACUAUUGAAGAAAGACAUUGCCUUUAAAUGA